GACUUGAUGCGGCGCCUCAGCCCCGCAGGGGUCUCGGACGAAGAGGUGUGCCGUGUGGCCGGUUUACCGGAAGACCUUGGAGUGCGGGCGGCCUGGCAACUUCGGCACCGCACCCCGGACCUCGCCAGGGAGCUGUGCAAGGACCCGUUGACGCAUGACGCAGGCCACACCGCAUACAUUUUAGUGUGCGAAGUCCUACGGAGGCUUCAAGCGGAAGCAGCGCCGGGCCAGCCAGCUGAACCGCCUCUGGCCCCAGCGGGUUCCGCCUUCAACGACGCCUCGGUCAAGGCCAUGGAAGCCGUGGCGAGGCGCGCGCGCGCCGGCGCAGGGCGACGCGGCAGGUCCCCGUCCUCCUCAGACACAGAGGACCGCAAGACGUCGUCCAUCGAUGUUUGCAAGGCGCUGCAGGCGUACGGGUUGGAGGGCCUCCCUUUGGAGAACUUCCCGAAGGCCGCCGCCCUGCAGCCCUUGCUGCGGAGGGCUCGCCAGAAAGCGGACCACGGCCGCUUGCCGUGGGUCGCCGGCGAGCUCGAGAAGGAGUUCGAGCCUUUCCGCCGCUCGGUCGACAGUACGCUCUGGAAGGUGGAGAAGGGGCAGGAGUAUGCCUCUUUCGCGCAUGGGCGUCGUGUUGGUGGAGCAGGGGCCUCACGCAGCUUGUUCUUCAAGCUGAGGUUCCUUGAUCUUUGCCACCUCGCGCAGGAGUCCAACGUCGGCGCGGCCUACGAGUUCGACCGAAGGGAGUGGCAGCAGCUAGCCACCCGGAUCGAGGACCGGGGCAAGAGCGCCGACCCGAACGAGAUCGUCGCCAGGGUCCACGCGCACACCGAAGCCGAGGUGCGCGACUGGGUUGUCGAGGCAGAAGUGGCCUGCAGAGGCUUCCUCUCUGCUGGGGUGGCCCAGCAGUGGGAGCGCUCCGCGGGCAAAGGGUACCGCGACGGCAAGGGCGGCACGCAGGACUGGCAGGGCGCUCCCCGGUCCGCGGCGACGAAGCCACCGCUUCCGCCGCGCCCGCCCUCCCCGGCAGCGGUCUCGAAGGGCGCCCGCAGGGGCGCCGCCUGA